AUGCCGUCCGCCCAUCGACAUCUUGUGCACCGCCACAUGCGGCGUCCGCUUUCCAAAAGAACACGCGACCUCCUCCCCGGCGAGGUUCGCUUUUUUCCAUACUACCAGCCGUCCCUCCAAGGCGGCAUACACACGGUCGAGGUCGGGCAAGAGGUCACCGUGCCGGGACAGGGCGAUACCGAGAAAAUCACCGGCGGAGCUCAGGACUUCAAUGUCAUCGCCCCGCGAUUCAACUUGCCGCCAGGCGUUGUCGACUCAGUGUAUCCGCCCCCUGGCACGAGCGCGCCAGUGACGAUCCUCCCGCACAUUGUGUUCAAAGACCCGCACUUGCCUUGGGAACAGGAUGCCACGUUUGUUGAUAUGAAAGAGGAGCAAAACGACGUGCGCAGCCACACACCAUGGCUGCUUCUUCUGACCUUCACCCCCGAGGAGCUCAAGCUGGGCCAAGACAGUCUUGCCGCCAUUCUCGAUGGCUUGCUGGAUGUCAAGGUUAAGCAGAGCGAGACCAUGGCGGUCCGAAUGCAAGUCAUGCAGGCGCAGUCGCUCAAGAGGGUUGUCAACGCCAUCCCAUACGACAAGAGGCGCGACGAGCAUGACGCUGAGGGUCCCGUUGAUGUAAUCUUUCUCAAAAAGGACUUGUUUCUGUCCCUCUUCACCGAUCCAGUGGCCAAGAAUAACGUCUUGGACGUUUCCUAUAUCGUUGUGGCACCCAGAACGAGCCCUCUGGACUCCGAGGUGCCUGUGACCAACAUUGUGCAUCUCGUAUCCCUCAACACCGUCCCCAGCCGGGUGCUGACCCCCGAGUUGAGUUCGGACAAGGACCGCGUCGCUCUGGUCAGCCUCUACAGCUGGUCGUACACGUGUAUUCCAUCCGAAGGCGAUGGCAGUCUGCGUGCGCGUCUCGUUCAUCUGGGGAAGAACUUGACUCAAGACGGCUAUACGCUGGUGAGACAUCGCACCAUUACCGGCGAAACCACAGCGGCGAUGCUUCGCGGGCCGUUCCCGCCAAGCUUCGUGCCGCGUCUGGAGCGUGAUGGAUUCGCUAUGCAGUCCAACUUUGGCCCCGACCUACAGAUUUUGGAUCCAACACUCUCCUUAAUGGACAUCACCUACGCCAGCGCGUGGCAGUUGGGAAAGACGCUUGCCAUGGGCGACGAGGCAUUCUGUGCAGCAUUGACGCGCCUCCGCAACCUGAUUCAUGGAGACUCGCUGGGCGCCUCCAAGAUCGAUGUCCACGAUGCACUGGGGCUGUAUCGGUCUCGCGCCGACACGCUGGGUACCGUGGGAGACCUCGUCAGGGGUUUGAAUGGCCUUAACGAAACACUUCAUGAGGGUGGAGACGGUGCUACCGCCGUGGACAGCAACCGAUGGGACUACACACACCCUACAUCAUUUCCUUUGGGCGGGCAGGGCACACACCGUCUUGACAUCUCGAUGCAUUCACCGCACAUAUCUGCUCGUAUUGCGAGCCACGCCAAUGCCGCGGCCCUAGCGCAGGCCAUGGCCACAGAUGGAGAGCUUUACAACGAGCACAAAGUGCCAGAGAACGCCGAUUUCGCGCAUGUGUACUCGUGGGUCCUGGACAAGCUCCAUCUCGCCAACAACUGGACCGAUGCACUGGUCGAUGGGGCGCUGAGCCUUGCCAAUCACUGGGCGUCAACACCAAAGGACGACCUUUGCCGUACCGCGAUCAAGAAAGCGAUCCAGAAGCGGCUUGACGAGCCCGAUCCAUCACUGGGUGGCUGGCACGUCCAAAUGCCGCAAUACGGCUUCAUCUUGCGUUCACAGCUUCUCGUCAAGUUCCCGGAUAUUGCCGUCUCAGUCGAAUACGCCGACGCUCGCACAAAGGAAGACGAGCCCCCCAAGGCGCCGAUCCUCGUGCAGAAAGCACUCAGUGCCGAUACCAUGUACUGCCUCUUCGACUGCACCCCACCGGAUCUGAAGAGCAUAACCUUCACCAUGCCACCGCACCAGCAGCGCUUCGCCAUUGGGAGCAAUAUCACGGACACGGCCUUAGCCGUGGCAGUCAAGAAGGUCUAUACCGAGCCAGACCCAUCCAAGAGACAGGACAAGGAAUACAAGACGGCGUUUCCAGGGACUUCUUUCCCCAUGGACGUUGGUGAAGUCUUUGACCUCAAGUCGCGGACAAUAAAUGUCAAGCCGUACGUCACACACAUCUUUAAGACGCUAAAGAAGAACAUGGACGCCAAGGACUUCAAGGACGAUGCCCCAAGUUCCACCCUUCUAGCGCUACAGUUGAACGAGUCUAUUCCCGAACUGCUCAUCACCUUACCGCGGAUCUCACGGCCAGGUUCCAACACUCGCAACACGUUCCGGUUCUCGCUGCCCACCACCGUCAAGCAAACCCCUCCUCCCCUUUCGCCGCUCCCUCGCAACAUCUCUCGCCCGGUCAAAACCCGCAUCGCCCACAGCCGUCCCCGCCCGCCCUCCCCCCGCCGCGAAGCGGCCCUCAUCGCCCAACGAGCCCGCAAUCUAGACGCCAACCCCGCCAUCCCUCUCCCCUGCCCCCCUUCACGGCUGGCGUGCCAGCCCCAAUUCAUCGCCGCCGUCUACGCCUUGCGGAACCGGUCCUACAUCACCACCAGCAGUCCCCUCCCCGUGGACCUCAUCGUCAAGAUCGUGCGGCACCCGAAAAGCGUCAUCCCCAUCUACGCCCUCAAGGACAUCGAAGUCGAGCGGGUGCCGUUGCUCGCGACGGGCGCGGACCCGCCGACGGCGACGAUGCUCUCGAAUCUGCGCUUUAAUAUACUACAGUAUUACCCCCCAAGCGAGAGCAAGGAUAAGGGGACGCUCAAUUUUAAGCUUGUGCCGCGGUCCAAGGACGGGGUUACGAUUGAUAAAUUUAAGGAGGCGAGUUUCUUGAUUUCUAGGGCGCAGAUUGUGCGUUACAUGGGCCGCACGGAGAGGGAGUCGCAGGUAGAUAUCACGUUUUCAUCGCAUGUUGAUGCCUGA